GCCGCCACUCCCACGUCAUUGGCACGUUCUGCCGCAGCUACCCCACACGACCACACGACCGCACGACCGCACGACCGCACGACCACGCGCUGCAGCUACGCACGAAUCGCAGCAAGCAUUACUCGUCCGCGUCGGGUGCGCGCGUUGGGUGCGCUAGCCAGCGGGUCGCCAUGAGUGACGAGACACCUGCGGAGCGCGUGUCGCGCUUUCGAGAGCACACCAACACCAACAGCAGCAUCCGCCCGCCGCCCGACGAGCUGUGGAAGGGGCUGGGCAUCGACAUGCUGAUCGACAAGUUCAACGACGAGAACGACGGCACGCCGGCGGUGCGCAAGGCGAGCCAUCCGCGCCAGAUGAUGGCGCCGACGGGGGCACGAACGGGCACGGCUGCGGCACGCAAGGGCAGCGAUGCCGCCGCGACUGUAGCGACGGCCGAGGGCACCUUUGGCCGCUUCUCUCGCGUCUUCGCCAACGUCUUCGGCGGCGUGCUGGGGAAGCGGAAAGCAGGACACCCCGACGCAGAGCCCGCCGUCGACGCCGAACAAGCCCAGCUCGACGAGCGCAAGAGACAGGCCGAAGAAGCAUACCACCUCGCCAAAGAGCAAGGCCUCCUCCCCGCACCCAAGGUCUUCGUCCGCCCGGGCAUGCCACCGCGCGCCUGGUCUGCUGACACGCCCUCGCGCCCGCGCCCGCGCCCGCCCCUGACGCCCCGCACACCGGGCAGCGUCGUCCGCUCGGCCAGCAAGAAAGACCUCAACAAGCAGAAGAAACUGUCCAAACGCGUCAGUUCGCUCGAGGGUAAACUCGCGUCGGCGAAGAAAGAACUCCAGUCUGUCCUGGGAAACGAGUGUUUCCCCGCUGUGCCUCCGUUCCCCCAGCACAUCGUCGCCACCGGUACGCAUGCAACCGUGAGCCCAACGCCAAACACACCGCACGUCUUCAGCGACGACGGCGCGCCGCUGAGUCCUACGGGAGGCUUUGGCGACGGUGCGAGUGCGAGUCUCCCUGGCAAGAUCACGAAGAAACGGAAAUCCGUUGCCCUGGUCGACGCGGGCUCGGACUACCUCCCCACCGCCACAGCGAUUGCCAGCGACGUCGAGAUGAGCGAAGCCGAGCCCGAGCCCGAGCCGGCGACCGCUGUUUCCCCCGAGCCCGAGAGACAGCGCACGAUCAAGCGCGUCAAGAGCGAUGCGAGCAAGCGGUUGAAGCGUACGAGUAGCAGGCUCAGCCGGAAGGUCUCGAGGAGCAGCGUGAGGGAGGAGCGGGAGGAGAGGGUGGAGAAGGUCGUCGUCGUCAAGCCCGGCGGCGCUGUUCCGCCGGUGCCGGCCGUGCCUAGUGGUGUUGAGGGGAACAAGGUCAAGGUUGUCGGGGACGAUGGGUAUGGAGGGCUGGGGCAUGAGAUUUUCUGACCAGCAUGCUCACUCUUCACCGAGUUCUCGUGCGGUUGAUUUGGUGCACAGCUGGGUAUCUUGUGAGUGUUUUUGGAUACGACUUGGCUUGCUCGGCAUAUUCUUAGCGUUGCAUAGCCUACAGCGGUUUGAUUGCCUUCUGCUAUGCCUUGCUUGGCCGCCUUUUCACGGGGCCCGGGCGGCUACGAUCUCCUACGAAGCAACGGCUUGUUAUGUUCAGCGUAAUCAUGGGCGUCGGAUAGUUCAAAAUUUGUCUAUUAUUUGUGUCGACAGCUCGAGACCUGACCCUGUGCGUCUGCUGACCAAGACCACACACAGGCUCAGCACGAUACCAUAGAUUGUAUCCUUGCUCGGAUGAGGCUCGGCUAUAUGUUUGGAUAGUUCCUCCUG